AUGCUUCGUCGUCUGGGAAGCACGUUGUUCUGCAGCGUGACGCUGACGAACGGAACCGUCCUCAAGGGUGAUCUGAACCCGCAAAACCCCAAUCUCCUGCUCAAAGGCAUCACCAUCCUGCCCGACGGUCGUGUCUACAGCGGCUCAUACGACGCGACGUCUGGCUUCCCGCUGCCGGGGAGCCAGCUGGAGGAGGACGGCGAUCUCUACCGGGGCGAGUUCAACGCACAGUGGCAGCGUGAGGGGCGCGGCGAGGCGUGGCUGGCGGACGGCACCCAUUACGCGGGUGCCUUCAAGAAUGACGAAAUCACCGAGGGCGUGGUGCGCAUUCCGAACGGCACGACGGAAGUCGUUUUCGAGGGCACGCUGAGCGACGAGGCGUUCGUGAAGGGCAAGCUGACCCAAUCAGACUUUGUGUACGAGGGCGAGUUCUCAGACAAUGAACCUCACGGCAAAGGCAAACUCGUGUUUGCCACCGGUGCUAUGCAGGAGGGCACCUUUUUCCACGGCAAACUGCAUGGCCCAGACUGCAAGAUGAAGCUCGACGGCGGGUUCGUCUACGUUGGAGAGUUCCUCGACGGCCGGAUCCGCCGCGGCACCCUUUACACGCCCACGUACACAUAUGAGGGUGAAUUCAAUGAGCACGGCCGUGCUCACGGCGAGGGUGCGCAGACAUACCUCAUCAACGAGCCACGCCUCACCUUCACCGGCAUCUGGUCCAACGGCGCCUUGGUGCGUGGUGUGUGCAAGGACGAGUAUGGUAGCGCCGUGGACUGGCAGAACAAUGAUGAGUUGCAGGCCAAAGUGCUUGGCGGUGCGACGGGGAAGGGCACCGAGAGCGUGGGACUCAACAGCUACUGCAGCGCACGUAUGAAAGAGGCGGCGCAGCUGCACCGUGACAUGCAGCGCAGCUACGCAGAGGACGCGGAAGCCAUUGCUCAGUCGACCGGCCGCUUUCCCACAAAGAUGGAUCUCGGCUACGAGGGCAGCAUCGCGCACGAGAACGAGGCCGUGCUGCAAGCGCAGCAGCGGCAGAUGCAGGACAUCGAGCACUCCAGAGAGGUGCUGUCGGAUAGGGCAAAGGAGUUUGGCACCAUCGCCUCGGGUGCACGCGGCAACAUCAUUGGAGAGAUCAAUGAAAGCAUGGCAAGGAUCCAGUUUAGACGCCAGAUAGGCGCGGAGGAAGUCUCUGCUACGCGCGUCGACGAGCAGUUUGAGCGCUUCAUGAAGAGCUUCAAGAAGCCUUCCUCAUUGCCUGGUGCGCCGGCGCAGGUAGCGCAGAAGCUAAACAUCGAUGGUAACGCGCCAUGGAAGGCAUUCACUCCGUCGAAAUAG